AUGUCACAACUUUUGAGUACCCCUGAUAUUUGGAAAUGGAAAGUUGAAAAAUUUAACACUGUAGAGUGGCUGGAAUCAUUGUGUGGCGCAGCGGAUAGCAAGGUGGUGCGCUACAGCAAGGACCAGCGCCCGACCACCUUGCCCAUCCAGCCCUUCGUCUUCCAGCACCACUUCCCCAAGCCAACGAAGGGCCGGGCCCUGCACAGCCACUUGGCCUCCAGCCUCUCCCAGCUCUACAGCCUCUCGGCUGCCACGGCCGCUCGCCCGGCCAGCCGACUCCCCUCCUCUGCUUCCCAGUCCUCCACCUCCACCGAGGGGCCUGUGGGGCACGGCCAGCGUUCUGCCGACGGGGCGGUUUCCCUGGGCGACGGUCAUGCCAAGAGGGGGCCGGGGCCAGAGACCACCCGCCUGUCCCCGCUGGGCAGUUACUCUCCGGUGCGCCACCACGUGCCUUUCUUCCAAAGUGGGGGGGAGCCCUCCUCCUGCUCGCCCACCCCGGAGACGCAGCCCCCCCGCAGCAAGUCCUGUCCGGUCUCUGCCAACCUCCUGCCCAGCACCAAAGCUUCUCCAGCUGCUGCCAGCUGUGCCACCCAGGAGGCCCCGGGGGCCGGGGUCCUGCACAAGCAGAGCAAGAGCCCCUCGCUGGUGGCCAAGAAGAAGGAACCCCCCGGCCCCCCUGCACCCCUGGCCAAGGACCGGCUCCCCGUUGGCUCCCUCCAGCCAUUGUUGUCGUCCGGUGGCUGGAGCCUGGCCAGAGCGGAGAGCCACAGUGAACCCCACUGGAAGAUGGGGUGCAGCGAGGCUGCCAGUUUCAACUCCUUGGGUGGUGGCAUCCCCCGGGCCCUCAACGCCAACCACCUCUCCCUGCAAGCCCUGAAGUGGCGGGAGUACCGGCGGAGGAACCCCUUGGGGCUGGACCACAUCUCGGACCUGGCAGGACUGACCGGCCACCUGGACUGGAAGCAGCCGGAGAGCAAGCCGCCCUGGAGGAACCCUCUGCUGGAGAUGCCGGCGGGCCACUCCAGACCCAGACUCCACGGACCGGCGGUGAAAGAGCCACUCCAAAGCUUCCCUGACUUCUUCCCCGACUGUUUCUCCUUGGCCGAGAAGCCACCGGCCGAGUUCUGCCUCUCCCCGGACGGCAACACCGAGUCCAUCUCCGUGGAUCUGCUGCAGAAGAGGGGUCUCAUCAAAGCGAUCAACAUGUCCGUGGACCUCAUUGUGGCCCAUUUUGGGACCAGCAGGGAUCCCGGAGUGAAGGCCAAACUGGGGAACAGCUCAGUGAGCCCUAAUGUGGGGCAUCUCGUCCUGAAGUACCUGUGUCCGGCCAUCCGGGACGUCCUGAGUGACGGGCUCAAGGCCUACGUGCUGGACGUGAUUGUUGGCCAGAGGCGGAACGUCCCCUGGAGCAUUGUGGAGGCCUCCACGCAGCUGGGGCCCUCCACGAAGGUCCUGCACAGCCUCUACAGCCGUGUCAGCCAGUACCCGGAGCUCACCAGCCACAACAUGCGCUUCAACGCCUUCAUCUUCGGCCUCCUCAACAUCCGGUCCCUGGAGUUCUGGUUCAACCACCUCUACAACCACGAGGAUGUGCUGCAGGCGCACUACCAGCCGACGGGCUUCCUGCCGCUGGCGCACGGGGCCUGCCAGGGCCUCUUGGAGGAGCUGCUCCUGCUGCUCCAGCCGCUCUCCCUGCUGCCCUUCGGCCUGGACCUGCUCUUCGAGCACCACCUGCUGCAGGAGGGCAGGUGGCAGCAGCGGCAGAAGGAGCUCCUGCGGGGCCAGCAGGGCCUGCUGCUCUCCGCCCACUCCACCCUGCAGCUCAUGCGCACCCGGGGCGCCCAGCGGGCUGGCGAGGGCUCCCGGGGCCCGACCCCCCCGGAGAGACCAGCGGAGCCCAAGGGGGCCCCGGAGCUGAAGAAGGACAGGCAGGCCAGCUGGUGGCUGCAGCUCACCCAGAGCUCCCAGGUCUACAUCCAGGGCUCCCCGGAAGGUGCCCGCCUCGCCCACCAGGAGCGCAGGAAGAGGGCGGGGGCCGGGAGGGUCCCUCCCCCGAGAGAAGGGGUGGUGGAGGGCGCAGAGGCCUGCCCCCCCACAGAAGCCCCCCCAGUCAGGGAGAGGCUUCCGGCCGAGGAGGCCAAGCCGCCCUGGAAGCCAGGCCCUCUGGCCGGGGAGGAGGGCAAGGAGAAGGGCCGGCCCUUCUGGAUGGGCAGCCCCCCCGAUGCCGUGCUGGCGGAGCUGAAGCGCAGCAGGGAGCAGGACCAGGCGGCGGCCCCAGGGAAGGAGGAACCCAUCCCCCGCGUCCCCAGCAGCGGCCAGCCCAAGUGGGCACACCUCUUCGGUUCCCGCCAGGCGCCCAAGGAGCCCAAGCAGGCCAACAGGCUGCCCUCCGGCUGGCUGAGCCUGAACCGCUCCGUCUUCCAGCUGAUGGCCCAGACGGUGGGCGCCAGUGUGUGGCGAGAGGACGAGGCGGCUCCCAAGCAGCUGCCCGCAGCCGAAGGCCAGCCGUCGGAUGGCAGGGCCCACCCCGGUGCCCCAUGGGCGGUGAAAGCCCUCUGCCACCACAUUGCCACCGAGGCCGGGCAACUGAGCUUCAAGAGGGGAGACAUCCUGCGGGUGCUGAGCAGGGUGGAUGCCGACUGGCUCCGCUGCAGCCGCCGGGAGGGAGCCGAGGCCGGGCUGGUGCCCAUCAUGUACGUCACCCACCUGGAGGAUGCUGAUUAUUGAUGGGCAGGUGAUCCCUGGUGGUGCCCAGAGCCGUGCCGGCCCACAGGCCCCUCGCCAAGACUCAGCCAAGGGCCCGGCUUCUCUUGCCUGCCCUGGGCAGGAGGGGGGGGCUGCUCCUCUCUGCGGGGCCUCCGGUGGCCAAACGUUCCUGUGCAUGCGCCUCCCCCCUUCCUCUUCCCCGUGGCCCCCACGCCUCGUCCGAACAGAAGUAGAGCCCCUCUGAAGGGCCACCCGGGCCCCGGAAGGCCUGCUCCAGACUUGGGGGACUGUGUGCUAACCUGUAUUAAUGCUGGGCAGGGGGAGGGGGGAGGGGGGGCGCCGGUGGGAGCAGCUCGGCCUCUCUGCAUGCAGGCAGGUGGAGCCAGUCGCAGCCGGCCUCUGCAGGAGCAGCUGUCCCGCCAGCGGUCCCACCGAGGGUGGACGCUUUGAAGCCAGAAGGACCCCCACGGCACAGGCCAGCGGGGGUCGGUGGGACCUCACGCCACUCGAUGGGGAGAGGGUGUCUUUUGUGGGGGAGGGGUCAGAGCCUGGGUUGUAUUCUGCCCCCCCCCAGCCAGAGGGCAGUGCCAGUCAGUAUUUGGGGCUGGGCUGGGUGGGGCUCUCGCCUGCCCGCCCCGCCCCCUCGAAGGACCUGGUGUGAAUGCAGGAGUCGGUCCUGCCAGGGGUGUGAGGGUGGCGCCAUCUUUAAUUUAUACUUCCGGCGUUAGAACAGGGUGUCUCGCCUUUAUUUAUUUCUUUAUUUAUGACACGUAUUAAUAAAAAAGGUGCUGAUUACGAGCUCCCUCGGCAGCCUGAUGAUUUCCCCCCCCACCCCUAGGACCCCUCCCACCUACACAAUUUGAGCUGUCUUGAUGCGUCGUUCAGAAGGAGCUGGCUGGGCUGGUGGUCCU